CACGGCACAGAAGGAGGGCCUGAAAGGGAAGUGGGUGUCUCACAGACUGUGGAGCAGAAUCAGCGGGCUCGUGAUUGCUUGGCCUUUUGUGAGACGCGCCACUGGGCUGUCUCUAUUUGGCCUGUUGCUUUUGCGGAUAUAAAGCUUGAAUUGUGGUUAGAUGAGUUUCUCAUUGAGUUGGGAGGGUUGUAUAGAAAAGUACGAAUGAGGGUUGUGCAAGAUGAGAUGGGCAGUUUGGCGGCGAAGACAAGACUCGUACAAGCAGAGCAUCAGGCGUUGUACACACCGAGCGUCGGUGCCCAAUUGGGCAAAAACGAGGCCAUGUGCCGUCGAGCAGAUACGAGGGGCAAAGGCGAUGCGAACAAUGUGAGGGGGUGCGAAGAUGGGUGGUAG